GCUAACUUUCAGCUCUUUAUUGAUACAAUCAAUUUAAAAGGUGCCAGUCUCGCUAGCUUGUUGAACAAUAUGGCUGCUCUUGUAUCCAAGGCGCCAUCUUUUGACAAAACCAUGUAACAAUAAUCAUUUUCACUUGAGCUUUCAAACAUUCAUUCAUUCAUUUUAUAUGAAUAUAGAAUAUAUAGCCAUAUAUAUAUAUAUAUAUAUAUAUAUAGUACUGUAGAACAAUAAACAGUCACAAUCACUGUUUCCCCAUAAAAUCGCACAGAUGUUCACUAGAGUCAAUCAAUCAAACUUUAUUUGUAGAGCACUUUUCAUACAUAGAAUGUAGCACAAAGUGCUUUACAUGUUAAAAAGAAAGACAACAACGAGACACAUAUACACAAGUAAGCAAGAAAGUAUUGUUAAAGGGGGCCUAUUGUGCAUUUUUUUCGGUAAUGAGUUGUGGACUCCUAUAGAGCAGCUACACAUGAUAACCAGCUCAAGUUUUAUAGUUCUUCCAGAAUCUGCACCUAUUCAACUGUAUUUCUUUGGAUUUUGUGGUUCCUGCAAAAGUUGUCCGUUUUAAUUUAUUGCAGGAGGUCAUUACUCAGUAUAACAGUGUGAUUCACUGUGAAUAAUAAACUCUUCACAUCGCAAUUUUGCACUCAAAACCUAGCUUCGUCCAAUGUUGCCUAAUUACCGUAAUUGGUAUUGAAAAUCCUGUUAAAUACAGCAUGUAUCAGUAUGUAAAGAGGCAUGAUAUAACAUCAUACACUAGGUGGCGGCAUACACCUUUAAGAUAUGGUUGUAGUCCGCCAAUCACCGAAGUAGAAGAAGAAGCAGAUGCGGAAGUAGAAGAACGGCAGACGUGAGGUCUACAGUGUGCGUCGUGACGUCGGUUGGAAGUUAAUAUUUACCGACAUGAACCGAUAAAGACGAAGACAAGCCAAGCAAACAAAAAAGCAGACUUUUGGAAGAAGAAGACACAAUGGCCACCAUGCGAGCUGCCAAACAAGCGCUAAGAAAGGAAAUAAAGCGACGGGUUGCGCCACUCAGUGAGCAGGAGAAACUGAGACAAUCUUCAGUUGUGUCCCAAAAACUCUUCAGACACCCAAAAUAUAUGGCGUGUCAACGUAUCGCGGUGUUCCUCAGCAUGGACGAUGAGGUGCGCACACAGCAAAUCAUCAGCGACGUGUUAGGAACGGGUAAAAGGUGCUUCAUCCCCAGAUAUGAGCAUGGCAGCAACCACAUGGACAUGUUGAAGCUCAACAGCCUGCAGGACAUGGCCACGCUACCUGUCACAUCCUGGAACAUCCAACAGCCUGACCACAACGACCACAGCAGAGAAGAAGCUUUGGCUGCAGGAGGUCUGGACCUCAUCUUGAUGCCAGGCCUCGGUUUUGACCUGUCUGGGAAGCGUCUGGGCCGAGGAAAGGGUUUCUACGACACUUACCUGGAGCGCUGCAGCAGACACCCCAAAGGCAAGCCCUACACCAUCGCCUUGGCCUUUAAAGAGCAGCUGUGUCAGGACAUCCCCGUUGAUGACAAUGACGUGCUCAUUGACGAGAUCCUGUACGAAGACGAGCAGUAAUUGCUCUUGGAUGCUUAUGGAAAGGAUUGCUGCAGGGAUUGAUGGCUGGCAAAUGGCAGGUGAUGUUUAAAUUCUACCUUGAUUUUGUAUGACAUUUCAGUGGCUAUCAAACACAUCAUGGGCAACCAAACGUUUAAAAAAACUCAGUUUUUUAAGGAUAUACAGUGUUUCCCACUUUGUGUGGAUUUCUAAUGCUUGCUGACUAUGCAGAGCUACAAUGCCAUCUACUGGAUGGAGUUGUAACAACAAUCCAUUCAGUCACAUCAUUGUAAUGUGAAUAAAUAACAUCAAUCAAAUGAAAGAAAAUCCUUCUGUGGUGAUCCAGAAUUAACAGUUAACUCUGAAUUAACAGUUAACUCUGAUAUGGUGUGGGGCUGUUAGCGCUCGUAAAGGGAUCACAGUUUCACAGAGUAUCCAUUGCAUUUUUGGCAAUGAUUGGCUGGAAUCUAAUCCAUGAUGUACCUUACCUCUCACUCAAAGUCAGCAGGGUUAGACUCCAGCUCCCCACAGACCCCAAUGAGGAAAAACACUUUUGAAAAUGAAUUGUAAUACACUCAAUUCAAUCCCAGACAUUUUUUUCAAAUACUGACCAUUUUUGAUGAUUUUGAGUGAUUAGAAGACAUACAGAAUAUUGUUUUGCAGGGCUAUAUAAAUAUGGUACCUACAAAAAGACACAUUCAACUCUCAUAUCUCAUCAGAAAAUGAGGUUUGUUUCAAUUUUUUCUUGUUCUUGAGUGAAAAAAUACAUUUCAGGCAUAACUUUCACUUUGACACAAAUGUAGUCAGUCAUUC